CUCCCCUCCCAUGAACAACAAAUUUGUGCCUGGAGAUCUCCUGAUUAUUGUAAGCGAAUCGAGUCCUCUCUCCAUCCUCCGAUGCUACUGCCGUUCCUGUCUCUGUGCUUGCUGCUGUCCUGGGGAUUGAGUUAUCUGGAUGCCUUCUACAAAGCUCUCUUUAAUCCAGACGUUGUGCAGAAAAGAAGCGUAGACUGCCUGGCAUGUCGACUCCAGCAUAUGCAGUCAUUCUUUGGCCAGGAGAUAAAUGGCUGGCUGGAUUCAGAAACUUUAGAUCUCAUGAAACAACCAAAAUGUGGUGUCCCUGAUGUGGCAGAGUACAACUUUUUCCCCAGGAAAAUCAAAUGGCCAUCUUAUAACUUGACAUACAGAAUUGUGAAAUACACUCCUGAUCUGACCCAGGAAGAGGUGGACCAAGCAAUCCAGGAGGCAUUCAAAAUCUGGACUGACGUGACUCCUCUUAACUUCUUCAGACUCUCCUUUGGCACUGCUGACAUCACGAUCUCUUUUGGAACAAAAGAGCAUGGUGACUUUUUCCCUUUUGAUGGACCUUUCAAUCAACUGGCUCAUGCUUUCUCACCCAGAGAAAACUUUGGAGGCGAUAUCCAUUUUGAUAACGAUGAAACCUGGACUAAUGAUACCAGAGCCUUUAAUGUGUUUACAGUUGCUGCCCAUGAGAUUGGCCAUGCUUUGGGACUAGACCACUCCAGCAAUCCCGAAGCUCUAAUGUACCCUAUUUACACCUACACUAGAACUAGGGACUUUGUUCUUCCUGAAGACGAUAUGGAAGGCAUCCAAGCUCUUUAUGUUUCUAUCAUGUCUGCCUACCAACAUCAUUCCAAACUAUUUCUCUAUGACACCUUAACCUCCGCAACUAAUCCUGCUUACCAGCAGAUGGUCUUUAUCACAGAAAUGAAACAGAAGCACUGUGCCAAAGUUUGGCCAGAUCUUCCAAACCAGAUUGAUGAAGCUUACGAAUGCCCGGGCAUUGUGUUGAUGUUUAGAGGAAAGAAAUUUUGGGCUCUAAAAGGACAUAUCAUACUUGAGGGCUACCCCAAGAAACUUUAUGAACUUGGAUUUCCAAGAACCCUCCAGAAGGUAGAUGCUGCAUUUCAUGAUACAAAGACUGGAAAGACCAAGUUUUUCGUAGAAGACAAGUACUGGAGGCAUAGUAUUGGUUCCAUCUGUUUCUUCCAUGGAUCAAAGCAAUUUGAAUAUAAAUCAUCUGCCAUAAGCGUGUUCUUCGUACUUUGA